CAAAAGCUGUCAGUACGUCUUCGUGCAACACAUCAGUCCGUGCCCAGUAGCCCCAAGCACCUCCACAACCAGCACCAUGAAGGCCGUCGUUGUCGCCCUCUUCGCCCUCCUGGCCGUGGCCUGCGCCAUGCCCGCCGCCCCUGCCGCCCCCGCCGCGGCCCCCGCGGCCCCCGGCCCCAAGGAUGACCUGAAGGCCUCCGAGGCCGUGUACGUGGCCUCGCCCUACGUGGCCUCCCCCUACGUCGCCGCCGCCUACCCCGCCGUCUCCACCUACGCCGCUGCCGUCCCCGCCGUCAGCACCUACUCCGCCUACUCCGCCCUCCCCGUCGCCAGCUACGGCUACGCCGCCGCCCCCUACUCGUACUACUACCGCUAAGCCGCCGGAACCCCGCAGACUGGAACCACUGAAGAAAUUUGAGGCCGUUGAGAAAUUGUGAUUUGUAAUUUAUUCACUCCAUGAAACAAACCAUUUGGCAAUAAACACAGUACAACGCAUCUUAAAUGA